AUGCUUCAACAGAGUCAAGUUCAAGUCAAGAAAGUCACAGUUUCACAGCCUCAACUAGUAAGAUACUCCACCAAGAAGAACACUGUGUUUGACGAUCCAAUACAAGGGAUUAUUUGUUACACGGAUGAUAACGGAGAGGUUCUAUGUGAAGGAUACGAUGAAGGUCCUCGUUGUCCACCAGAGAGUCCAAUGAUUACUUCUUACUCAAGAGAGGUAGAGAUUCUUGAUCUUCUGCAAAGAAGUUAUCAGGAACUGAGAGGAGCAGAGAAGGGUGAUGGUCAAAGACAAGACAUUGCUUCACAACAAGAGUUUGUAUUGAUCAAAUGGAGCAGCUUUGACGUUCUCUAA